CCCACUGCCAUGGCAGCCUCUCCAUGUAGCCAACCUGAAGAUGAGAGCUCCAGCAGCCCAGAUAAGGAGGGGCCAAGCAGCAGGUUGGGCUCUGAAGAGGCUGAGUCCACUCUCCAAGGUGCCCUAUGUUUGAAGAAGGCUUGCCUGGUUGCAUUCCUGCUCCUGAAGUAUUGCAUAAAAGAGCCAACCACAAAGGCAGAAAUGCUGAGUAUGGUCAUCAAAGAGCACCAGGGCCACUUCCCUGAAAUCGUCGACGCAGCUUCUGAGUGCAUGCAGCUGGUCUUUGGCAUUGAUGUGAAGGAAGUGAACCCCAGAACCCACACCUAUGUCCUGGUCACAACCUUGGGCCUCACCUAUGAUGGGAUGGUGGGCGAUGGGCACAGGUUUCCCAACACUGGCCUCCUGGUUGCAGUUCUGUGGCUGAUUGCUACAGAGGGUGACUGUGCCUCUGAGGAGGAAAUCUGGAAAGCCCUGCAUGUCAGGGGGGUGCAUGAUUGGAAGGAACAUUGUAUCUAUGGGGAGCCUAGAGAGCUCCUCACCAAAGUUUGGGUGCAGGAACAAUACCUGGAUUACCGGCAGGUGCCCAACAGCCAGCCUGCUCGCUAUGAGUUCCUGUGGGGUCCCAGAGCCCAUGCUGAGACCACCAAGUUGAAAGUCCUUGAUUUUUUGCUCAGGGUUUAUAAAAGGGUUCCCAAUUCCAUCCCAUCCCUGUCUGAAGAGGCUAUGAGUGGUGAGGAAGAGGGGACCUGA